AUGCGUAUGCAAGCAAUCAUAAAGGCCGCUUUCUACAACUUUAAAACUACUACUACUACUGGUCGUAAAAUUAUUUUCCUCUCUAUCCACUACACCUCAACGCAUCAGCAGAAUAACGAAGAGGUUCUGUCUUCUUCCAAGCAUGCAUUUAGCCAAAUUUAUCAACCGACUUCUUCUCGCUUAUUCGUUUCAUUUUUUGUUUCUUCUCUCUCAAGGAGUCUAUCAAUCGCAUCGAGCUUCUGUCUGUCUCACAAAAUGCUCUUCUUUUCUCUCUCUCGCGAACAAACUCUGGGUGUUAAAAUCUAUUCACCAAUGGGCCGAUCUUUUGAUCGAAUUGUUUAUGUCGCUGGAGAUUGUCCUCAACUUUUCGAAUCUAUUUCUGCUUCUCUCUCUCUCUCUCUCUCUCUCUCUAUCUAUCUAUCUAUCUAUCUAUCUAUCUAUCUAUCAAUAUCCUUUCAGGAAACGGCUGUCCACAUCUUUUUUUUCUGUUAUUGUUUUUAG